UUUCCCUGUUAAAUUACAUGCUUCAUAAAGAUUUCUCCUGGUACAAUUGUCCACCGCCUCGAAAGAAGGGAACGAUGGGAGACCUCGUGGGUCAAUCUUUGGGGAGUAUGCAACUAGGACCAAGCCUUAAUAGAAGCGGCUUCGAUCAUGUCAGCCACGGUCUUGCUUCUCCUGUGAAAGCAUAUAUUAUGGAAAGCUUGGGAGAAGAUUUUCAAUUUUACACAGAAAUGAAAUCAGAAGAAGCUUUGUUGAAAGAUGGCAACUUUUCUCAGCACAAUAUUACAGAAAUGACAUACGAAGAAACUGCAAAUUACCACCCCAGUAUAGUCAUUGUAAUGCUAGCGCUGCUCUUGGCUGGACUUAUAUUUGUCUCAGGACUUCUGUCCUUCAUAAUCUUCAGAGAAACAUUAAUUUCUCUGAAAAUUAACUGUUUUCGGUUUCUGUUUUCUAAAGACCAACCAACUGCACAGACUGUACACAGACUUGCAGUAACAGAGAAUGAUGGAACAACUUACUCGACGAUUGUCUUAGAAGAAGUAAACUAUACAGAUUCAAAACACGUGACGAAAACAGAGGACACACUUAGUUCACCCGACAACCAUCACCAAUCUAACGAUUACAGUCGUUUGAAGCGUAACUAUGGCAAUAGGAUCAACAGUGAUGAAAGAGGAAGUAGUCAUCUGUAUGAUUCAGUGGAAUUUAACACAAAUACUGAGAAUAGAGACAGGGUGUAUUCAGUAACAGCUGAUACUUACUCGGUACAAUGCGCAUUUCCUCCUGAUAUGUAUGUCAUUCAUUUUCCCGAGGUGUUCUGAGUAUAAUUUGUGUGGAAUUAUUCCAACUUUUAAUGAUGAAUUUUUAUUUAUGUGAUGAUGUUAAUAAUUUGUUAAUAAAAAGGUUUCAUAUC